UAAAUUUAAUGAAAGCAAUAGAAAGAAAGCAAUAAAUUAAGAGAAAUAACUAUUAAUAUAUAAAUUAAUAGAAAAUUUAAUUAAUUAUUUGAGAAAUAGUAUUGAAUUAAAUGAAAAUAAUUGCAAAUAAUAAUAAUGAGUAUAAAUAGUGGUUCUAAUGGUUCUAAUGAUUGUAUUAUUGAAUGUAUUGAUGAAUAUUCUCCUCCAGUAAGUCCUGCACUCAAUGUAUUUAACACUACUAUAGAUGAUAAAAAGCAUUCAAAACAAUCAAACAAUUGGUUUAAUGAAUCGGAUAAAAGUCGUAAAGAUUUGAAUGAAGCCGUCGAGACCUUACUCUCUAUUAGCCAAUUGUCCCGUCAAUGUAGUGAUGGGUUAAUCAAAUGCAAGUCUAAACAGUCAUCGACUGUUAUAACAGACAAUUUGGGAACUCCUCCGCAAUCUGAAGAUGAGUUAGACUCCAACACUAACGAUGAAACCUAUUUAUCUGAUAUUAAUAGAGAAAUAAAAGUCGAUAACAAAAGCAAUUCAGAGUUAGCCCGGCUCUUAUUGACUCCAACACCACCGCUCACACCUAAUUGUAAUCAACUAAAAGCAGUUCCCGUUUCUGUCAUAAUGAAAGCACCAUCUUUUCAACACAGACAUAAAAAACCCAUUUCUCUAAAUAGUGGGUUUCAUGAAAAUCAACCAAUAAUUAGUAGCAAUUUAUUUGCAAAACCACUAAAAGCUAGUCUCCCGAAACCCUCUACUUAUUCAUUAAUAAAACCUCAAUUGAUUGCACCAUUACCUGCACCUAACUGUUCGCAAAUUGCACCUAAAUCCGCACAAACUUUAUUUUUGGCAUCAAUUCCUACAUCUUACUCACAGUCAAACACGACAGUUAUACCUAUUCCUCCCGGAGUCGUUCAAUUAGUUGUGACAUCAGCACAACCAAUGACUGGAAGUAAUUCAAAUAUAAAUGACUUUUACAAAAGUGGUCAAUCAUUUAUCCUAACAUCACCUCUUCCUUCAUUUACACCUCAUGUUAAUCCAUUGCCAUUUCCAGCAACCAAUUCAUUAAAUGUGACAAAAAAGACAAUAAUGGAUAGGAGGCGUACAUAUAAAUGCAAUUAUGAAAAUUGCUCCAAAACUUAUUAUAAAAGUUCUCAUCUUAAAGCUCAUAUAAGAACACAUACCGGGGAAAAACCAUUUGUUUGCAUUUGGGAGUCGUGUGGUCGACAGUUCUCACGAUCGGAUGAGUUAUCUCGACAUAAGCGGACACAUACGGGUGAGAAAAGGUUUGUCUGUAAGGUCUGCGACCGAAGAUUUAUGAGAAGCGAUCACUUGACUAAACACGUCAAGAGACAUAUGGCAGCAGAUAAUAAACGUAAAGCUAUUGAACUAAACAUUAGACCGUCUGUACCGAUAAUUAAUCCAUUGGUGACGAGUGUAUCUUCUGUACCAAUCACCACAAGACCUACUUUAUUCAUGAUAUAGACAAUAGUUUUUAAAAUUAUAUACAUUUUUAUUGUUUGAUUCUAAUUCAUUACUUUCAAAAUAUUUUAUGUAAAUUGAGUUAAACAUUCA